UGAAGAAAAUUUUACACUAGCAGCUGCGAACCUUGAAUUAUCAAAUGGGGUACUUUAUCAGAAAAUAGGUGAUUUGAAACCACGGCUUUUCAUACCAGCCUCACUUAGGGCACUAAUUUUUGACUCAUUCCACUCAUCACAAUUAGGCGGGGGACACAUGGACUUAAAGAAAACUCUCAAAAAAUGUAGAAAAUAUUACUGGCCUAGAAUGCACUCCGACAUUUUAAGAUGGACGCGCAACUGCAUAACUUGCCAAUUAAGACAUUCACCCAAUCCUCCAUACAGAGCUGAAAUGUAUAUGGUCCCAUCCAACACACUUUUCGCAAAAGUAGGGCUUGAUUUAGCAGGGCCAUUCCCAGUAACCCAAAAAGGAAACAAACAUUUAAUGAAUAUAAUCUGCUGGUUCACGAAAUAUGUAAUUGCGGUACCAGUCCCAGACACAAAAGCAAUAACACUAGCACGCGCAUUUUUAACUAACUGCUACCUCAAAUUUGGAGGCUGCACUGAACUAAUCACAGACAAUGCUACUGCAUUUACCAGCGAAUUUUUCCGAGAUUUUUGCUCCAUGCUCUAUAUAAACAAAAGUUAUGCCACCCCUCACUGGUCGCAAGGCAACGCUGUUACGGAAAGAUCCUUCAGAACUUUCCACAAUAUAAUUUCGAAAUAUAUUAGUAAAGACCAGCCAGACUUUGACGAACUCAUAGACGCCGCGAGCUUUUGCUAUAACACAUCAAUUCACACUUCUACAGGGGAAACACCCUUUUUCCUGAUGUUUGGAAGGGAUCCCAUAUUUUGUAUAGAUCAAAUAAUAGACCCUUCGAUAAGCAACUCUAUGAUUAGCAAUGACAUUUCCGAAUUUAAACAAAAAUUAGUCACAUCAAUAAGGACUGCAUGGGAAGCUGCCGCGGAAGCGAACAAGCACGCGCAACUAAAAGCUAAAGAACAAUAUGAUAAAUUAUUAAGAAACCCCACAAUAACGGUAGGAGACAGAGUUCUCUUGAGAAAUUAUGCAGGCAAAGUAGGAACUUCGAAAAAAUUUCAUAUGCCUUGGAAAGUUGCAAUUCACCUGGCGCAGCUCCAAGGGUAG